UGAAUGCAAUGUCCAAACUCGAGGUUUUAUCAGCUGUGUGGACUACAUUCAAGACGGAGGGCGGGUAAUAUUCACAGCACUUCGACUUGAGGCUGUUUCUCACAGGGCACAAAGCUUGUGGGCUUACUCUUAUAUUCUUGAUAAAUACACAGCGGGGAUACUCUCGUAAACGGACCGCUAAUCUUCACGCACUUCUUAGCUCUCAGUGUCGCGUGGAAUCCACAGUACAUCUGAUCCGAUAAGAGCUCGCGACGCGCUCGGCUCUUCACGCGGAUGAGACGUCGUUGCGUUCUUUCUACGUCUUCACGUAAGUUCACGUUACAUUUGUGUUGUCGCGAAUUCCAUCCGGUCUGUAAAACAAACUGAAGUGCCGGCGCGUUUAUGUUAACUGCUACUUUGUUGAGGGGGCGAACCGGUCUCGGCUGCUCUCCCUUUGUUUGGGCCCAGGACUCGGCUGAAUCCACCGGAGCUCCGUCUCAAACGUCUCAUUCGACCGCCAACGCUAUAUUAGGAUGGCUCCACAAAAGCACGGAUCUGGUGGAAACGGUUUUUAUGCCAACAGCGGCGCGAGCAAAGCGGCUAAUGGAGGAGCGCACGUAUCGUCCGGUGUUGUGAUGACUUCAGUCAAGCGACCCAAGAUGGAGCAGGUCCAAACCGACCACGAACUCUUCCUGCAAGCCUUCGAGAAACCAACUCAAAUAUACCGUUUUCUUCGCACAAGGAAUCUUAUAGCACCAAUCUUCCUGCACAGAUCUCUUACAUAUAUGUCCCACAGAAACUCAAGAACAAAUUCAAAAAGAAAAUGCUUUAGCGUGAAUGACCUGCUAUUCAAAGCAGAGAAGUCGAAAGUGGAUCAGGAAUCUCACAACAUGGCGUCAAACCUGCAGCUCACUUUUACUGGAUUCUUUCAUAAAACUGAGAAGCCGUUGCAGAACUCAGAGAAUGAAGAAAACUCUGUAUCGGUGGAAGUGCUACUUGUCAAGGUCUGCCACAAGAAGAGAAAGGAUGUAAGUUGUCCAGUAAAGCAAGUGCCAACAGGUAAAAAGCAGGUGCCUCUGAACCCAGACAGCAGUCAGACCAAGCUGGGAGCUUUCCCCACACUGAUCGUGCCCAGCCAAGAGUUUGAACCCAGUAACGGCCACAUGGUGAAGUCCUACUCCCUUCUGUUCCGAGUGUCUCGUCCAGGGGGGAGAGAGCACAACGGCGUGACCACCAGAGAUACCAAUGUUAUGGAAGAGCUGUCUAACAGGAAGAAGAGAUACUGCUCUAAUCAGGAUGAUAGAGAAACUAUAUUUGUGGCGCAAAUGACAGUUUUUGAUAAAAAUAGACGCCUCCAGCUUUUGGAUGGUGAGUAUGAAGUCUCCAUGCAAGAGAUAGAGGAGAGUCCUGUAGGCAAGAAAAGGGCAACGUGGGAAACCAUACUAGAUGGGAAGUGGCUUCCACCCUUCGAGACCUUUUCUCAGGGACCCACGCUGCAGUUCACUUUGCGAUGGACCAAUGACACGGCUGACAGGGGAACGGCACCAGUGGCCAAACCGCUUGCCACACGCAAUUCUGAAUCCAGCACAGUAGACAGCGGCAAGCCUAGCAAUGUGAAGCCGCCACAUGCAGUAGCUGUUAAUGAAUCAGUUGGCGCUGAUCUACCAGUAAGAAGAGAACAAACUCAUGUCGAACCUCGUCAGAAACUACGUGUUUAUUAUCAGUUCCUGUAUAACAAUAACGCACGGCAGCAGACGGAGGCCAGAGAUGACCUGCACUGUCCCUGGUGCACGUUGAACUGCCGUAAGCUCUACAGCCUCCUCAAGCACCUCAAGCUCUCCCACAGCCGCUUCAUCUUCAACUAUGUGCCUCAUCCUAAAGGAGCCAGGAUAGAUGUGUCGAUUAAUGAAUGCUAUGACGGCUCUUACGUGGGCAACCCUCAGGACAUCCACUGCCAACCUGGCUUUGCCUUCAGCCGUAACGGCCCAGUGAAAAGGACUCCAGUUACACACUUCCUUGUCUGCAGGCCCAAGCGCUCAAAGCCCAGCCUCUCCGAGUUCCUGGAGCCAGAGGAUGGAGAACAGGAGCAGCAGCGGACAUACAUCAGCGGCCACAACCGGCUGUACUUCCACAGCGACAGCUGCACGCCGCUUAGACCACAGGAAAUGGAUGUGGACAGUGAGGACGAGACGGACCCGGCAUGGCUCAGAGAGAAGACUGUUAUGCAAAUCGAUGAAUUCACGGAUGUCAAUGAGGGAGAGAAAGAGGUCAUGAAAUUGUGGAACCUGCAUGUAAUGAAACAUGGUGGCCUGGAUACUCUCCUCGUAUCACCUUACAUAUUCAUAGCUGACAACCAAAUGAAUCAGGCCUGCUUGUUGUUUGUGGAGCAGCACAGCACCACCAUCAUCGAGAAGAACCUUUGCCGGAACAUUCUGCUCCAUCUGGUCAGCAUGCACGACUUUGGUUUAGUGAAUACAGGGACCAUAGAUAAGGCCAUGGCUCACCUGAAACCGCAAAAAGAUGGCCAGGAGCAAGCCAAAACGCAAGACGAUGCUGAUGGUGGAUCCAGCUGCAAUGGUGAAACCAGUGUAUCAAGUUUAGUCAACACCCAGAAUCACUGAAACCUCCUCCUCACACUCUGCGUUGAAUUGAGUGUCAGCAGGCAUCCGAGAGCCACCAAAUUCUGCUCGCUCACACGGUUAAAGUUGAUGUCGAGUUAGAAGCAGUUUAUGUGGUUCGACAGCCACAUACUCUGCAGAUCAUGAUUUUGGCCUGAUGUCAUCAGAGUUCAAAGCAACUCUUUACUAGGUUCAAAUUACUUGAAGAUGCCUUUAGUCUUUAUGAUGGAGUGUACAAGCAGGUCAGAUUUUUCUCUUCCCACACAACCCUGUAGCUCUAGCAAAUGUUUAGCACUUGUUUUAGGUGCCUGUUUUUAAAAGGACUAUGAAAAGAUUUUGUUUUAAUAUAUUUUGAACAUCAAUGGAUGGAAAUGGCUCCUACAAACUUGCAACUAUACAAAAUAUUGUGCAUAUUUUUCACAGGGGUUGAUAAACUCAUUCUGAAAACCUUAACAUUUAAUUUUUUGCUUGUGUAUGGUUUCACCUUUUUUUUUUUUUUUUGUGGAGUUUUUCAGCAUUUCAGUUUGUGCCAUCCAAGUUUUUAAGUUGCACCACACUUUUUUUCUUUUUUUUUUGACUUGUUUUUCUUUGGAAUCUUGGAUUGAAGAACAUCUACACUGCAGAGUUUAUCAAGUUUUUCAGAGCCUUCAUUUCACUGACCUUGCAACACAAACAUACAGGUACAGGGUACUACAACGCAGUGGGGUGGCGAAGCCUUGCAGAAAUGUUUACACUUGCCUAACCCAUGGAAACAUGGACUCGAAGCAGGGUUUGAACUUUUGGUCUAAAUCAGUGCGAAAAGGUUUCAUUUAUUCUUGUUUGAGUCAUUUCAAACUGUCCAGUUCCAUAGACCGUGCAUCUGCUCUGGUGUCCAUCAAUUUAUCUCGUUUCCACUUGUCCUUCACGGUGCCCAUUUGUUUGAUUUUCAGGUGUUUCUGAAGAAACCUGUUGUAACGUGUACAUGGGUUUAGUGAUAUUACACGAUGGCUUUGCUGAAGGGGACUGCAUUCCAGAAGGAAUAUUAUUUUAGACCAAAGUGAAAUGGUUAUAAUGUUUGUCUAGUUGGUUUCAAAUCAGAAAUGUAAGUCUUCAUAGUUGUUGUUUUUGUUGUUGUAUGCAUCUGUUUUAAAAGAAAGGGAUCUGUUUGUGAAUCAUUACUGCUUUAUUUCGCUACAACUGUGCACUGGGUUAAAAAUGUUUUUGGUCAAUAUUGGAGAUCAGUUGCUUAACUGGCUGAAGCCGUUGUGUAAUUGCUAAUUUUUGCGUAACACUCAAUACAGCAACGAUUACACAUGCUGUGGAUUACUGAUGUAAAGUAAUGUCAAAAAAGAUACUUAUAUCUUGAAUUAAGAACAUUAUGAAACCUGCUUGAGUUUCUGAAUUUUGCUGAAACGUGCUUGAGGUUGCUCUUUAUUUAAAAUAAAGAUUUUUUUGUUUUACAAUUGAUACCUCACAAGUUGAUGAUUAUCUUUCAUGUUUUUCUUUUGAGUAAACAUUUACAAAUAAAA